UAGCCUGUUAUUGUACUAGUGUGGACAUGUUCCCCUUUUCAGGAAGAUGGCAGAAAAGUGGUUGUGGCUUGGUGGAUAGAGAGGUCCGUAGACUCAUCGCCAGUCGUCACUCCGGCGACGGUGACCACCAUCUAAUCGCCGGUGGGCACUCCGACGCCGGCGACCACCUCCCAACAUCCUCUCUCAUGUCGCAGCUAGGAAGGACGUCCUGGCGUGAUAUCGUCCUGUCGCGUCCCGCAGUUAAUGCGGUGGAUCAACGGGGCGAAGAAGACCAGGGUUCCUAGACUGAGGUUCGUCGUCGAUCCAAGAGGCAUUCAUGGCGCCCCAACGCCCCCCCAACCUCCAGCCCUGCAGCAUUCAAGAAGGCAAGAACAGUCCCCCGCUGGCUCCAAGGAUGCUGCUUUAACUGCCUGGGGCUAGGACACCAGAAAUCCGCCUGCCCAGGAAGCACGCGAUGCUACAACUGCUGGUACUCAGGGCACAUCGCUAGGAAUUGCCCUACCUCCCGUGCGGCUAGGGCGCAGCCGGCCACUGGUUCAAAAGAAGUGGCAACGAAGCCAGCGGGAGGUGAAAAACCGCGGAAAGAAGUGCUAGAAGCUUUGCCUCCCAGAAAGAAGGGGCGAGAAGAGGGAGUGGCUGCUGGUGAUGGCAUGGCUAGCUUUCAGAUCUGCGCUCAGCAGCCCUCUCGGGUCAUGAAGGAGUGGCGGACCGGGGACGCCAACAUCCGGCCGGAGUCGGGGCGGUGCACCAUCUCCUGGACGCCGCGCAUGGUGGAGACGGAGGCCAUCUUCGAGCAGAAGGUGCUCCUGGCCACAGUGCUUGGCAACCAGCCAGCGCUCUCACCUAGAGAUCUGGUUGCGGUGAUCGUCGACUGUGGCAUCCUCCCCGCGCACUUCCGGGUGGAGGUAACGACCCCUGAGGACUACCUAAUUGUGUUUCGUUCUGCCAGAGAAAAGGAUUGGGUCCUCGGCAAAUCCAAACAAGUCUUCUUCCAAGGGGCGCCAAUCGCCUUCAAGAGCUGGAACAGGCGCCUGCUGGCCAGCAGCACGAGGUUCCAAUUCUUCACCAAGCUGUCAUUAGAAGGGCUUCCCCAGCACGCCUGGGAUGAGGAGGCGAUGGCCCAGCUGAUCCGUGAGCUGGGUGGAGAGUUGGUGGAGCUUGUUCCGCCGGCGGACGCGAGGGUUCUCACCAUGUUCGCCUGGCUCAAGAACCCGUCUGCGGUGCCAACAACGCUGGAGGUGGAGAUCCCAGAGCGCGCGGGGGGCGGCCCGCCGUGCUGGGAACGUAUGGCGGGAUCAAUCAGGAUUCCAAGGGCGCCUCUGCACAAGUGCACGCUGACGUACAAUAUCAUUGUGCACAUUGAGGAGAUCAUUGACCCGACGCCCCUCCAUGUUCCCCUCUCCACGGCCUCCAACGACGAAGAUGAUGAUGACGUCCCGCGCCAGGUUACGUUCUCCUGCUGGGCUGGCCGAAUCGACGGCACAGGGCCGUGGACGUCGAAACAAGGCGGAGGUCGGCCUUUUGGCGGAGCAUCUGGCUUUGCUGGUGGGCUACCGGGGCGCACCUGGUCGACAUCUUCAGUUCAGCGGGUGUCCGAGAUGAUCCCUACCAACCCCGGCGCGCUGAGGGAUACCGCCCGCGACGACGAGCACACUGAACACGCCGGCUCGGGCCUGCAUGCUUCGGACAGGGAUACGAUAGAGGAACACUCAAGUGGCGAGCCUGGGAAUAGGAUGGCGGGGAGGGGAGAUGAUGCUGCGUGUAAUGUCGUGCCGCGUGUGCUUGCCACGAGCACGGCGCUGGUGGCGGGGAGAGACGUUCUGGCGACGGGGAAAGAUGUGCUGGCGACGGAGAAUGGCGUUCUGGCGACGGGGAAGGAUGUGCUGGCAACAGGGGGCGAGGUUGCUCUGGUCGCGAGAAGUGAUGCUUAGCGGUUGGGAAGUGAGGUUCAGGCGACAGGACGAUCCGAAGAGGGUAGCAAGGUAACUGCAAUGCCUUCGUCGAAGAUCUGGUUCUCACCACAAUUGCAGCCAAAGAGCUGUGCAGCGCCAUCCCUUGCAGUCUCCUGCGAUGUCGUCGUUCUGGAUGAGAUGCAGCGAAGCCCAUCAGCUGAUCAGUUCACACAGAUCAUGUAGCGCCCGUUCCGUCGUGGCGCCUAGCGGGAAAAUUAUCUCUCAAAAACCCUAAUUGCGAAAUUUGUUCCUUUGAUUGUUGUCUA